AUGGCAGCCAAAUUUAUUCCGCGUCAGUUCUUUCCCAAUUAUGGGUCCAUCCCCAGGUCGUACUACCUAGGCCACCACAGGGCUGGUCUAAAGAAGAUGAAAAAUAUGCUGUCUUCGGUUGACUAUGUCGUGGAGUGCCGCGACUACAGGGUGCCUGUCACGUCAGUUAACCCAAUAUUCGAAGAGGCGUUGGGGGAAACAAGGCGUUUGGUCGUCUAUACUAAGAGAGACUUGGGUGCAGAUUCUGGAUCAACCGCACAGCAAUUAGCAGAGAAGAUAGUUCGACAGUUCGAUCAAAACAGCGCGGUAUUUUUUGUGAGCUCGUCAUCCCGCCCAGACGUGAGUUCCAUCCUGAAACACUUGCGGGAAGAUGCCGAAGGACCAGACAAGAUUGUCGGUUGUCGUGUAAUGGUGGUCGGGAUGCCCAAUGUCGGGAAAUCGACGUUGAUCAACAAUCUGCGUAACCAGGGUGUGGGAAAGGCCAAGGCUGUACAAACAGGAGGCCAACCCGGUAUCACCCGGAAAAUCGGAUCGCCAGUGAAGAUUAUAGAGAGGAUGAAUGGCUCCCAUGUUUACGUGUUAGACACUCCAGGAGUGUUUAUGCCGUAUGUGCCCGACGCGGAAAACAUGCUUAAACUGGCGCUCUGUGGCUGCGUCAAGGAUUCUGUCAUUUCACCAGUCACUCUAGCUGACUAUCUGUUAUAUCAUAUAAAUCUUCACGAUGCCCAAGUGUAUGAGCGUUGGUCCCCGCCAACCAAUGAAAUCAUGUCCCUUCUGAACAGCUUUGCCCGGUACUCUGGUCAUCUUGCUAAAGGCGGCAUUCCCAAUAUCGACCUUGCGGCACAGCACUUUAUUCAGAAAUGGCGUUCUGGUAGUUUAGGGCGAUUCUUGCUCGACGAUCUACAGGCAGAAGAACGUCAUCGACAGGAAGGAGCCAAGGAUCAAGUGGGCAUUAGUAUUACUCAGGCUUUGCGGGCCGAAAGAAAGUCUAAGAAACGGGAUAAUCCGAGCUGUAGUAAAGAAUAA